AUGGCGGCUCUAAACUCCAACAGUUUCUAUCAUCGCCCUGAGUCCAAGUUCCCACCUAGCUUGUGGGGUGAUCACUUCAUUAAUCACAUUUCUGACUCAAAGGUUUUAGAAAAAUAUUCAAAGACCAUUGAAGUACUGAAAAAUGAUGUUCGAAGUCUGCUAACUGCUCCAGAAACUAAAAUAAUAGACACCAUGAAUCUGAUCAACACACUCGAACGCCUAGGCGUUUCGUAUCAUUUUGAGAAUGAGAUCGAAGAGAAACUGCAACAAUUUUUCGAUCUCAAUACGAAUUAUCACGAUGAUAAAGCGUAUGAUUUGUACACUGUUGCUCUCCAUUUUCGAUUAUUCAGGCAGCACGGCUACCCUAUAUCAUCUGAAAUAUUUGGAAAAUGGACUGAUGCGGAUGGGAAAUUCAAAGGGAGCCUUAAAAGCGACGCAAAGGGUAUGCUGAGUUUAUAUGAAGCUUCGUAUCUUAGAACACGGGGAGAAACCAUUCUAGACGAGGCGCUUUCUUUUACUACUGCCACAUUAAAAUCAAUGGGGCCAAACCUCGGAUCGCCACUGAAGAAGCAAGUUGAGCGUGCCCUCGUGCAGCCCUUGCACUGGGGGAUUCCUAGACUUGAAGCACGAAGUUACAUCGACACGUACGAAGAAGAAGAGCACAAAAACGACACCCUAAUCAAGUUUGCCAAAUUAGACUAUAACCUCUUGCAGAUGCUGCACAAAGAGGAGCUCCAGCAAGUCUCAAGGUGGUGGAAAGAAUUAGGGCUUAUGUCGAAACUUCCUUAUGCAAGAGAUAGGAUGGUGGAGUGUUACUUUUGGGCUUUGGGAGUGUACUAUGAGCCACAAUAUUCUCGUGCCCGCGUCGUUCUUUCCAAGAGUGUUGCUAUAGCAUCAGUAAUAGACGACACAUAUGAUGCUUAUGGUACAAUUGAGGAACUUGAGGUUUUCACCGAGGCAAUACAAAGGUGGGAUUUUGGAGAACUCUCUCGACUCCCUGACUACAUGAGACCUCUCUAUAAAGCUAUCUUGAAACUCUACAUUCAAUUCGAGGAAGAAUUAGCUAAGGAGGGACGAUCCUAUGCAACAUACUAUGCCAUAGAAGGACUAAAGGAAUUGGUGAGGUACUACUUUGAGGAGGCGAAGUGGUUCUUAGAGGGUAACUUGCCAUCAUUUGAGGAAUACCUAAAGCUUGGUCUCAUUACGAGCACCUUCGGUUAUCUGGUCCCCUCUUCUUUUAUGGGAAUAGGAUCUGCUCGAAAGGAAGACUUCGAGUGGCUGAGUAAGAAGCCUAAAGUAUUUGUGGCCGCACUCACAAUAGGCCGCUUACUUGAUGACAUUGGUUCAUAUGAGUUUGAGAUGGAUAGAGGACAACUUGCAAUUGGGGUUGAAAGCUACAUGAAAGAAUAUGGUGUGACAAAAGAAGAGGCGAUGACCAAAUUUAUCGAAUUAUCCACGAACGCAUGGACAGAGACCAAUGAGGAGAUGUUAAGGCCUUCUUGUUACAAAUCUAGGGUUCUUCUUACGCGUAUCCUCAAUUUUGAUCGGGUAACAGACGUUACAUACAAAAACAAUGAAGAUGGAUACACUCAACCCAAAGGUUUGAAGCCUCAUAUCAUUGCAUUGUUGGUUAAUGCAUUUGAGGCGUAGUCAUUUCGAAUCAUAUAUAAUCAAAAUAGUUGU